ACUUUGACUUUUUUUGCCACGGAUUUGUGUAUGUAGUUUUAAUUGUGCUCGAAAAAACUGACUUAAAGUGGAUGUCAGCGUAAAGAAAUUGCGCCCGAAAGUACUAGAGAUUUUAGUCCACAGUGAAGUGCGGCUGAAAACGAUGUUAAUGCACUAGUUCCACUUAGUAAAACGGCAACUCCAAGACGCUGCUGCAAACGAAUUCUGUCCAUUGAGAAGCGAAGAGCCACUGGGAAGAAAUGGUGUCCACCCGCCAAAUGUGCAGUGGAGGCGGUACGACCGCUUCGGAGGGGGUUCCCCCCUUCGGCGGCUCGGGAUCGGGAUCUGGAGUGGCCAUCGGAUCGCCAGUGGCAAUCGGAUCGGGAUCCUCCGGGCCACAGGAGCCCGCCGAGACGUCGUCCGCCAAUCGAACCUCCGUCCUGCGGCGAACCACCAGUUAUCAGGGUCACCAGAGCCUGGGAUCUGGGCAGGUGACCUCGCCGGCCAGCCUGGCCUACUCCGCCAGCGUGGUGACCCGCCACCACUCGUACACCAUCCAAAUGCAGCGGCAGAGGUCACCAGCGGUCAAUCUGUUGGAUCUGCCCAACGAGCUGCUUGAGAAGAUCCUCAGCUACACGGACUUUAAGAAAGUUUCAAAUCUCAGAUUGGUGUCCCAUCGCAUGAACGACAUUUGCAUGGCCAUGCUGAACGCAGCCUUCUCCAGGCAAAUCAAGACCACGUUCAGCCGCUUCCAGUCGAUCAAGGCCAGCAUGCCGCGUCGGGAGUCCGCCCGUCGCAACCAUCCGCUGGCCUGCGAGUGCGACAUCAUCGAGACAUGCUACAUGCGCCUAUCCUUGCUCCAGAUGUCCAUGGGCAAGCACAUCGAGCGGGGUCACUGCUGCUUCUUUCCGGGCGCCAUUCUAGACGAGGUGCAGACGAUUCUCAACUAUAUCAGUAUUACGCCCAGGCUGCAGCGACCUUAUCGGGUAACCGACGAGCUCUUCGAUCUCUCCACCAUGGCCAUGGAAUACUUCAAGGACCGCAUAGAGUCCACGCUCCCGGGUCUGGCGUACUUCAACAAGGACUUCUACACGCUGCCCACCACCACAAAGCGACCCACGCUUGCCAUCAGUUCAGAUCUCGAGGACAGCGCCAGCAAUUCGCCGCCACAGAACCACAUGGUGCUCCGAAAGGGCAUCCGCAAGAUCAAGCAGGGCAUGAAGAUGUACAACAACCAGCUGUCGGUGCUGCGCACCGAGCUUCGCAACUGCAAGCGCAAGGCCGCCGAGCAGAGCAAACAGCUGGCGGAGCAAUCGAACCUUCUGGCCGAGCAGCAAAAGCAGACCCUGGAGUAUGCCAAUCGGCUGGACGAGAAUGACAAGAAGAAUGAGGAGAUGUCGCGAAAGUUCUCCACUCUUUUGCAGGAGCUCAACAAGUGCAAGACAGAGCUGCAGUUUUGGCGGUCCAAGAGUCCGGCCAUUCCUGCCGUGUGCAGUUCGUGCAAUCAAAAGGUGGCACCUGUUGUGCCGCCCGAGGAUUUCCAAGUUCUGGUUAACCAGGGUGUGGAUCCCGAGCACUUUAUCAUCAUCAACGAGGAUGUGGAUGCCGAGAGCGAUGUGAGUGUGGGCGAACUGAAGGAGUUUGCCUCGCCAGACGAGUCCACCACGGCCAAGCUGCUGGCCGUGAGCACCGCGGCCAAGAAUCUGAAGCGCAAGCUGCCAUCAGAGAGCCAGUCCAAUGCCAUAGCGUCCACCUCGAAGGCAGCGGAGGUUGCCCAGUCCCAGCUGCUGCCGGUGGCCACCGUUAACGGAGGAGCGGCCAAAGCUUUGGGCGGCUACUCCCCGAAACUCUUCUACGGCAAUCAUCAGCGCAGCGGCGUGAUUGUCAGUCCAGUGUCCAAGAAUCUGGCGGUGGCCACGCCAUCGGAUAAUGUGGCGUCCGGGUCAGAGGCUCUCGAGGAGCCGGAGGAGGCGAAGAAAGCACGUAGAGUACAAAAGGCCAACAGAUAUGUAAAUACGCCCGGCAAACGCAGUAAAUAAGCAUUAGGACUUACGCAUAUACACUUUACAUAUUUUUUACCACUUAUUUACAUAUAAAGCGUGCAUGCCCUCGUUCACCUGACCCCCAGGAUGCGGGUUUGGGUCCGGGGCAUGCGCCGUAGUGUUAACGGAGGAAUCAAAUUAAUAUAUACACAUAUAUCUAUUAAUGUCAAAUGCAUUAGGCAUUUCGAAUAUUAAUCAUUAUUAUUAUUAUCAAGUACAAGAAACUUGUCUGUAUGUUCUUCGGUUUUAACGCCCCGCGAAAAACAAUUCUAGUUAACCACCACACUACACGAACAACACACGAAUCCCGUAGUUAUUGGCAGAGCAAAACAGAUAAUAAUAAUUUAAAAGCAAAUUAAUUUUAACUAA